UAAAAAGCUAUAAAUAUCGGCUAUCACCACUUGAUAUCAAGACCGGUGUGUGCGCAAAUAUUUAUUAACUAUUUUCAAUGCACCACGUAAUAAGGACCACGCGCACUUAUUACUGAUAUAAUGAAAAUGGAUGCUAUUUCCGUUUAACAGUUAUUCAAACUUUCGGUGGGCCUGUCUGUUAUUUACACUUUAAAGACACAACAUACGUGGAUCUUAAACGGAUUUAACUCAAAAACCAAAGCAUGGAAGCUGACACUUAAAUUCCAAGUAUAUGCCUGUGAACUACCAACCAUGCCAAAUUCUUCGAAGGUUACGACAAACAUCUCCAGUCAGGUAGACAUGAAGGCAAUCAACGAUCUAGAGAAGGAAAAGUAUCAGCCUACGUUGAUUAUUCUGGUCGUUUUGAUGAUUACUGGGUUAAUUGGUAACACCUGUGUAGCUGUGGUCUACAAACUAAAGCUCAAAAGAUCCAGUGCAAGGGUGUAUAUUAUAUCACUAGCAAUGGCGGAUGUGUCGGUGUGUACUGUUGGUAUGGCUUACCAUAUUUAUGACAUGACACAUAUUGUUGAAUAUGAGAGUGCGGUCACGUGUAAAACAUUAAGUUUUUUAAUAAGUGCAUGCACUUUGAGUUCGGUUCUAAUAUUACUUUUGGUUGGACUCGACCGUUAUUUAAAAAUAUGUCGACCUCUAAAAAGACAGAUUGUGGAUUUUGGUGCAAUAAAAGCUUGCGUCAUUGUAGUUUGCUUAGCUAUCGUGAUUUCAGUGCCAUAUACGAUUUUAUAUGGCCCUAGAUCCGUGCCAUUAAACAAAUAUGAAACAAAUACAACUGGAGUAGAAUGCUUUAUACAAGACAUAUACAGUGUAUCUAGCAAUUCGUAUUUGGGAAUUGGAUAUCUUGGAUUUAUUAUGCUUUUAUUUAUCAUUUUAGUAUUGUUCCUGAUUAUUAUUUAUAGUCGUAUUUGCCUAAAAAUACAUCGUUCUACCCGAUUUCAAAUCACAAUCCAUAAAUCCGUCGGGCGAUGCUUUUGUUGCAAAGUUGAAACAGAGCGGCUUAGAAAUGAAAACAACUGCGCUGUAAAUACUUUGCAUUGCAAUGGUUCAACAAAUGUAAAUGGUGUCAUGGAAUCUCCAUUUAAUUCAACCGAUUUAUCAAAUAUUGAGAUUACCGCUGAACGAGUUAUCGCGAACAAUCAACCACAGUCGAAGGUAACAACUGUGAGAGCAAACGAUGAUUUAAGUAUACACUCAGACGUACUGUUAGAUAUAAGUCUUAAAACAAAGCCUGAAUUAGAUUUAAACAAAAGAAAACAUGAUCAGCCAGUUGCAAGCAGUCUUACUCGUCAUACAGCAAAAGGGUCAGCUGCUAGAGAGCGCAAUUCACGAAAGAUAACGAUGAUGAUGCUGACUAUCACCGUGUUUUUCAUCGUGACGUAUCUACCAUUUAUAGCCGUCUCUGUGAUGGAUGCGGUGGUUUCAGACUUUUGGACGGGAUUGUCUGAAUCACACAUCUGCUUCUAUGACUUCUUGUUACGAAUAUAUGUUCUUAAUAAUGUUGCUAAUCCGUUUAUCUACAGCUUUUGGGAUGUUAAGUUUCGACGUGAACUUAAGAAUUUCAUUUGGAAGCUUUUCAGGUUUAGUCCUCGAAGAACGAUUAAAAUCGAUCGGUCAACUACACACUAGUAAACAAACUGAGAAAUAUAAAACAAACGCGAUUGCGUUAAAUAGUUUAAUGUAACGGGUGGUUGCAUUUCGUCUAUAAAUAAUACAGUUGGUUCUCAUCGAACUUUUGUUUUCCUGAUUUUGUACCUAUUG